AUGCUGCCGCCUUCAAAUAGCAGGAACAAUCCGCUUCUCCAAUACCUCGAGAAACUCGCAGCAGUCACUCACCGACCGCGACACCUUCCACCGAGUACUCGACCGGCACCGCCACCAUAUACAGCUUCUUUCUCCUCUCAAGAUUCAGAGCAAGACUGGGAUGAGGAUUACGAUUAUGACGAAGACUACGACGAGUACUGCGAAGCAAAAGCAGAGCACCGAGCAGACUCAAACUCAACUACAAGCUCAAUUCGCGCCCCAGCAGCGAACUCAAAUACACUCACCAUUGACCUCAACUCGUCGAUUCAGAUCAAGGGUGAUGCCAAUACCAUCAUCAUCACGUCGGACUCUGUCCACCAGCAGCAUGCCUCAUAUCAGGGCACUAGUACUCGGAAUCUACGGCCGGAGAGACCAUCAGCCGGAGCCGCAGCAGCACCAGCUAUAAGCUCGAAACUUGCAAACACAACAUCCGCUAUCGUCGCCGCGCUCCAGAAGUCCGGUGUUUUAUCCGGACCUGGAUCGGGCCCCGGGUCCAGCGCAGCUCCCUCGGUGAACAUCAACAUCGACGCCGGGAUCAGGGUUGACGGCAUUCAAAACGUCGUCUGUUUCGGAGCUGGGUCUUUACCUCUUGCUAAGCGGUAUCAUGAUGCCGCUGGGAGGAAACGACGGGCUCAAUCGGAGCCCCUGACUGGAGGUGAAGAGAAGAGGAAUAGAGUGAUCUAG